CUUUUCUUUGCCUUUUGACUUGGACUGAAACAUCUAAUCUUCCUUGUUUUGGAAUCUGCAGGCACUCAGUGAAACUAUACAUUGGCUCUCCUGGUUCUCAAGCCUUCAGAUUUGAACUGGAACUGCAAGAUCUGCUCUCCUGGUUCACAGGCCUUUGCACUAAGACUACACUACUGGCUUUCCUGGAUCUCCAGCUGGUCAACUGCAGAUCUUGGGAUUCUCAUCAGUUUCCAUUGUCAUAGUCCACUAGCACUGAAAAAGAGCAUUGUUUUUCAUCAUGGAUGCCACUAAAGAUGAGCGACCAAAGUUGAGAAGCCACAGUUUUCACCUUUUUCAUGCUUUCAUGAUGCUAAGUAUGACUGUGCUAUUUCUUCCAGUCAUUGGAACUUCUAAACAAAAUAUUCCACGACUCAAGCUAAGCUACAAAGAUUUGCUGCUGUCAAAUAGCUGCAUUCCAUUUUUGGGUUCAUCAGAAGGGCUGGAUUUCCAGACUAUUCUGUUAGAUGAAGAGAGGGGUAAGCUGCUUCUGGGAGCCAAGGACCACAUUUUCCUGCUCAGUCUGGUUGACUUAAACAAAAAUUUUAAGAAGAUUUAUUGGCCAGCCACAAAGGAGAGAGUGGAAUUAUGUAAAUUAGCUGGGAAGGAUGCCAAUACAGAAUGUGCAAAUUUCAUCCGAGUUCUUCAACCCUACAACAAGACUCACAUUUAUGUGUGUGGAACUGGAGCAUUUCAUCCAGUGUGUGGAUAUAUUGAUCUUGGAGCCUACAAGGAGGAAGUCAUAUUCAAACUGGACCCACAUAAUUUGGAGUCUGGCAGACUGAAAUGUCCUUUUGAUCCUCAGCAGCCUUUUGCAUCAGUAAUGACAGAUGAGUACCUCUAUUCUGGAACAGCAUCUGAUUUCCUUGGCAAAGAUACUGCAUUCACAAGGUCCCUGGGGCCCACUCAUGACCACCAUUACAUCAGAACUGACAUUUCAGAGCACUACUGGCUCAAUGGAGCAAAAUUUAUUGGAACUUUCCCCAUACCAGACACCUACAAUCCAGAUGAUGAUAAAAUAUAUUUCUUCUUUCGUGAGUCAUCACAAGAAAGCAGUACUUCUGAUAAGACCAUUCUUUCUCGAGUUGGAAGAGUUUGUAAGAAUGAUGUAGGAGGACAACGCAGCUUGAUAAACAAAUGGACAACUUUUCUUAAAGCCAGAUUGAUUUGUUCCAUUCCUGGAAGUGAUGGGGCCGAUACAUAUUUUGAUGAGCUCCAAGAUAUUUAUUUACUCCCCACACGAGAUGAAAGAAAUCCUGUAGUUUAUGGCGUCUUCACCACAACAAGCUCCAUCUUCAAAGGCUCUGCUGUUUGUGUAUAUAGCAUGGCUGACAUCAGAGCAGUUUUUAAUGGUCCAUAUGCUCAUAAGGAAAGUGCAGACCAUCGAUGGGUACAGUAUGAUGGAAGAAUUCCUUAUCCCCGACCUGGCACAUGCCCAAGCAAAACCUAUGACCCACUGGUUAAAUCCACCCGAGAUUUCCCAGAUGAUGUCAUCAGUUUCAUAAAGCGGCACCCUGUGAUGUACAAGGCAGUAUACCCUGUUGCAGGAGGACCAACCUUCAAGCGAAUCAAUGUGGAUUACAGACUGACUCAGAUAGUGGUGGAUCAUGUCAUUGCAGAAGACGGCCAAUAUGAUGUAAUGUUUCUUGGAACAGACAUUGGAACUGUCCUAAAAGUUGUCAGCAUUUCAAAGGAGAAGUGGAAUAUGGAAGAGGUGGUACUGGAGGAGUUGCAGAUAUUUAAGCACCCAUCAAUCAUCUUGAGCAUGGAGUUAUCUUUAAAGCAGCAACAAUUGUACAUUGGUUCCCGGGAUGGAUUGGUUCAGCUCUCCUUGCACAGAUGUGACACUUAUGGGAAAGCCUGUGCAGACUGCUGUCUUGCCAGAGACCCCUACUGUGCCUGGGAUGGAAAUGCAUGCUCUCGAUAUGCACCCACUUCAAAGAGGCGAGCUAGACGUCAGGAUGUAAAGUAUGGGGACCCAAUCACCCAGUGCUGGGACAUAGAAGAAAGCAUUAGUCAUGAAACUGCUGAUGAAAAAGUGAUUUUUGGCAUUGAAUUUAAUUCAACCUUUCUGGAAUGUAUACCUAAAUCCCAACAAGCAUCUAUUAAGUGGUAUAUCCAGCGGACAGGAGAUGAACAACGAGAGGAGUUGAAACCCGAUGAAAGGAUCAUCAAAACGGAAUAUGGGCUACUGAUUCGAAGUUUGCAAAAGAAGGACUCUGGGAUGUAUUACUGCAAAGCGCAAGAGCACACUUUCAUCCACACCAUCGUGAAACUGACUCUGAAUGUCAUUGAGAAUGAACAGAUGGAAAAUACCCAGAGGGCAGAGCAUGAGGAGGGGCAGGUCAAGGAUCUAUUGGCUGAGUCACGGUUGAGAUACAAAGACUACAUCCAAAUCCUUAGCAGCCCGAACUUCAGCCUCGACCAGUACUGCGAACAGAUGUGGCACAGGGAGAAGCGGAGGCAGCGAAACAAGGGAGGCCCAAAGUGGAAGCACAUGCAGGAAAUGAAGAAGAAACGAAAUCGGAGGCAUCAUCGAGAACUGGAUGAUUCUUAGAGCUGUGGCUACGUAGUUUUCUAUUUUUUCUUAAUUUAAAAAAGAAUUGUUUACCUGCAAAAACACUGUCUUCUGUUUUGUACAUCCUUCCUACUAACUCAUAAAUGCUUUCUAUGGAGUUUUGACAAGACACAAGAACAAGCAAUCUGUAUUCAAUAAGACUAUAUGUGGUGAAUAUGGAAUAAUAUAAGGGCAAAUCAUUCAUCUGAACCAGUUUUCCAAGAACUAAGCUUGUAUCUGCAAAGUGCAAGAAGUAUCCCGAAAAUAGGAGUUUUACAUUUGCAAAUGUUUUAUUUUGAAUUUUUGAAUCCAUUAUGUCUUGUAAAUAAUUGAGCUAAGCAUGCAUCAAAUUCGAUAUUGUAUUGAGGUGCUGUAUUUCCUUGCAUGUCCAUUAAGCAUGGAGUUUGCCAUACAGUAGUGCUAUGUUCUUAUGAAAAGAUAAAUCAUUCCACUGCUAGAACUGGUUAUCUUGUGGAGGGAACUGAAAGGAAAGGCACAAAUUAAAACAGCUCACAUUAUUAACAGGAACUUUCCCAGUGAGCCAUUCACUCUUGCAGUGUGGUGUGGGAAUUUGGAGAGGUGCACUAUUUCUUUCAGGCCACAAGGGUUGCAUUUAGUGCACUGCAACAUUGAUUUACUGAGGGGCAUUAAUACACUUCCCAGGAUUCCUUAUGAUUUGUAAGGAGAAAUAAGUUCACAGACAGAAAUUGGUUCUUAGUUGUGUAUUUCUAGAAUAUAUGCUAAGCUCUACAGGGAUAGGAUGCUUAAUACAUAUUUUAAUAAGAUAUGGGGAAUAUUUUAAUAAAAUAAGGGAAACAUCAUGAUGUAUACUACACCCUACUGGGAAGACAUGCAGAUGGGAUUUGUUAGGAGACAGAAGGAAAGAUAGCCAUAAAUCCUGGGUUUGGGGAAAAACUCAUAUCCUCACAAAAAGGAAGAAUAAUCACAAAGUGGACAAAAUGCAACAGAGCUCCUUUCACUGGGAGCAUAAAUAGCUGCCAAUUUGUAAUUUAUCUGUUAAAAAAGUCUGGAUUAUAACAAACUUCUAGCAAAAGUCUGAGGAAAAGUCAAAUUUCUAAAGGAUCAUGGGAAGGAUGAACAUAUUUUAUUUAUAACCAAUGGUAUUUCUGUAUGUAUUUCUUCUCUUUUUUCAAAGUAUUUAUCAUACUCUGUAUAUUAUAUUCAUACACUUUCUUUAUUCUCUCCUGAAUAUUGGAUUAUUGGAUUAUAUUUGAGUGACUAGCAAAGAACAAUAUAUAAUACAUUAAGAGAGAAUUAAGUAAAAGACCAUGGUGGGAGUAGGGAUAUGUAUUUGCUAAAUAACAAAAUUUUGACAACGGAAAGGGUUAAAUUAACUCUUUGACACAUCUUUUUUCGCACAACCUUCUUGAAUUUCUAGAUGAUAUGUUGUAAUUCAAGUAGCAUUGUUUUAGUAAUUUAACAAUAAAUAAGCCUACCACAUGUAAAGAAAAUAAACUCACAGCAUUAACAUAAACACCUUUCAUAUUUUGUUAUCCUGUUCAAGUGUUUCUAAUUUGACUUUCCCUCUGAAUACGUAUGGUGGUUUUCCUGUCUGUUUGGGCAGGACUCACCUUUCCUUCUUACAACACACAACCCUUAGCCUUCUUCUGUUUUGCCUUUUCACGCCCUUUAUAGUGUGAAAUGAAAAAUUAGUCACUUCCUCACAUGGAAGGCAGCUUUUCAGAAACCUAAAUAACAGACGUUGCUCGUUUCUCAUGCAUUCUACAUGUCUUGAAAGAAAAGUCUGUGAGAACUAGAGUGAUGAGAGGGCCACUUGUUUCCGAGCCUGUGACUGUCUCUGUGUUCAGAACAUUAUCUGUGUCUUGCGUUUUUUUUUUUUUUUUUUUUUUUUUUUUUUUUUUAUGUGCAUUGCUUACCUAUCUCAAAGUAGUCACACUGAUACAUGAUGUUGAGUGCCCUCUUUUGAUAUUAUAUUCAUGAAUAUUUGUAAAUGUUGCUAUAAGAAAAAAAUUAAGGAACAGUUUUAAUAGAAGUGAACCAGAAUGAAUUAUUCUGAAAAAGUAAUCCAUAAAAAUAGCUGUGGCAGGGUUAGACUGCUAACUGAAUAUCAUACGUGAAUGUUUGUAACUAUCAAUUUUCUGGAUAAGAAUGUCCCAGGAACUCAUAGCAGGCUCAAAGUAAGUGAGAACAUGCUUUAUUUUUAAGAUUUCAAUAUUUGUGCAUCAGAAAAUAAUAUGCAAAUAUGGAAGAUUCUGGAAAAAUUAUCUGAAGCUCAAAUGUAACUAGUUAGGAUUGACUUGUAAAAAUAGAUUUUAUUUUCAUUCAAAUAUGAAUGUCCAAGUAGUUUUUAAGUCUUUCUUAGUGAUCAGAUAACAUUUUAGAAAGCUAUUUUAUGCUUUCUAUCUAUAAUUCUGACUGCCUUGGAUACAGAAUUAUUAAUUCAUGAUGAUUGCAUAAAAUAUAUUUGAAACAUUAUUAGAAAAUAAAAUUUUAUAAACAAAACAUGGGAACAAAGAUUUAUGUGUAUUUUUAAACACAGGCUAUUGAAACGACAUUUAAUUUUUGAACCUCUUAAUCAUAAAUCCAAAUCACUUAGAGAAACAGUGUAAAUAUAUUAACUUUACAAACACAGUGUGUACCUCUUUACCACUCAAGAUUUUACCAAAUUUGGUUUGAAAUAAUAAAAAAGAAAAUUAUUGUUAAUAGUUUCAAAUUUUCUAAGAAAUCAGCUCUCUCUGGACAGAAUCUUAAAAUGGCUACUUAUGCUUGAUUUCAUAUUUUUCUCCCUUACCUUCAAUACACAUGUCUUUGAAUUCCUUCUGUGUUUUUUUUUUUUUUUUUUUGCCUGCACUUUAUUCUAACUAUUUAUACUGCUAAGUGGAAUACUGCCUGUCUGCAUUCAUUUACAAUUUAUUGGGAAUUUUCAGAAUUUGUUUAGAAAUCAUAACACUAUAUUCAUAUAACUGUAUGAACAUUUCAAAACUAACCAAAUUCAAACUAACCAAAUUACUUAAGAAAAGCAAAGAGUCAUAGAAAAAAAUUUACUAAUUUGCAAAAGCCACAACUGUAGUAGAAGUGUAAUUCACAAUUUUAUCAUUUUGUUGUUUAAAAUAAUGCUCAUUAACAAUAUUCUGGCUACAAAAUGGUCUUAUUUUAAAAUUUUCUUUGGUUUUAUUUUUGGCUCUUCUUAUACAUUUUUUUAUUCCUGCUGACUCAACUAAAAUAUAAAUUAAGAGUCAGGGUCUGUUUUUUCAAAUUAUCAAAAAUGAAUUUUUAAAAACAACUUGAUGUCAUUCAGAUUUCUAUCAAAUAAUAAAAAUUAAACAAGAUCAUUUAUUAAACAUUAAUUUUCUUUUGCUGAAACGAGAUAUAUUUUAUAUCAUUAAGACAAAUGGAAUCAAAGCUGAAAUACCCUCUUAGAAUGUCACCUUUGUCUUAAAUAAUAAGAUUUAAUUAAUUCACCUUAUUGGGAAUAGAUAGUUUAAAGAAAAAAAAUAAGUGAAAUGUUUUUAUAAAAAGGUAUAUUUUUCUCAGAGUAAAUGAUAAAAAUACUUAAGUAAUUCAGCUUACAUGUGAGGUUAAAAGAAAUAAAAAUCUAUAAUUUCCAGUUUCUAUACAUUAAAAGUGCACAUGACUUAUACCUCUCAUUUAAGCAUUUGUAGUAUACAGUAUUUAUAAAAAGUUUGAGAUAAUUUUUUUUUUAAGAAAGGGCAAAUAUAUGUCAAAGGCCAUAGUUAAUCAUGUAAUUUAAUCCUGGUUUUGUGAGUGUUUAGCAAUCAAUUUUGAACUUAUUAUUUUGCUAUUUUAAAAGAAAUGUAGUCUUGUACUAUAAAAUAAUUGAAAAUUGUUAAGUGUAUAUUUUGGUUGUAUUAUAAUAAAACAAACAUUAGUGUUUUAUGAUCAUAAA